GGGAACCUGGCUGACGUCAGUGGCGUUGCAUGGAGACCGCGUCUCAUUCGCUGCUCUCACUGACGUCAGAACCUACGUCAAUGGGGAAAUGUCCCAGGGAGCGGGAUUCCGCGUCAGAGCGAGCAGACCCCGGCCAGCGGCUCCCGGAGUCAACAGGCCGUGUCCCGGGGCUGGUGGAGCGGGCGGCCCGCUGUCAGGGAUGGUGAUGCCGGAUUGGCGCCGUGCGCCCGGGGACCGGGACCGGGACCGGGACCGGGACAGGGACCGGGACCAGCCCCAGCCCCAGGCCCCGGCCCCCGCCCAGCCCCUGCCCCGGCGGAGGCCCCUCCGGGUGGGGUUCUAUGAGAUCGAGAGGACCCUGGGCAAAGGGAACUUCGCGGUGGUGAAGCUGGCGAGGCACCGAGUGACCAGGAGCCGGGUCGCCAUUAAAAUCAUCGACAAGACUCGGCUGGACCCCGGGAGCCUGGAGAAGAUUUACCGUGAAGUACAAAUCAUGAAGUUGCUCAACCACCCGCACAUCAUUAAACUAUACCAGGUUAUGGAAACAAAGGACAUGCUGUAUAUUGUGACCGAGUUUGCACAGAAUGGUGAAAUGUUUGAUUACCUGUCUGCAAACGGCCCAUUAAGUGAGAGUGAAGCCUGUGCCAAAUUCUGGCAGAUCCUGAUGGCUGUGGAAUAUUGUCACAAUCAUCAUAUUGUUCACAGAGAUCUAAAGAGUGAGAAUCUGCUGCUUGACGACAACAUGAACAUUAAGAUUGCAGAUUUUGGUUUUGGAAAUUUUUAUAAGCAAGGUGAGUUGUUGUCGACUUGGUGUGGCAGCCCACCCUAUGCAGCACCAGAAGUCUUUGAAGGGAAAGAGUAUGAAGGUCCUCACAUUGAUAUCUGGAGUUUGGGAGUGGUCCUGUAUGUUCUAGUUUGUGGAUCCCUACCAUUUGAUGGUCCGACAUUACCAGUCCUGAGGCAGAGGGUGAUAGAAGGCCGUUUCCGAAUCCCAUUCUUCUUAUCUGAAGACUGUGAGAAUUUAAUUCGCCGCAUGCUGAUAGUGGAUCCUGUGAAGCGGAUUACAGUCUCUCAGAUUAAACAGCACCGCUGGAUGUUGACGCAGAAACCACCAACCUAUACCCUCAAAGACUACAACUCAAACCUUGGCAAUUACAAUCAGCAGGUUCUUAGCCUCAUGCACAGCCUUGGUAUUGACAAACAGAAGACUAUCGAGUCAUUACAGAACAGCAGUUACAACCACUUUUCUGCAAUCUACUACCUUCUUCUUGAAAGAGUUAAAGAACACCGAAGUUUAUUGCUUGGUUACUAUCAGGCUUCAGUACAACAUCAAGUGUCCAGAGAAACAUCUGAACACUUUCAAAUGGAGAUCAAGCAGCCAGUGCUUCACCCAGUGGAUGCAUCAGUCAACGUCCUGAUCAGGAAUCGAUCAAUGUCUCGUAGCAUCUUGCUGGACACUACUAUCAGCGAAGAGGCAAGACAGGAACAGGAUCUAGAGGAACAUAUAAUGGAGAAAAUCCAGAUCCCACUGCACACUCUAAGCAGUGCAACCCGGCGACACACAGUGGCUGGUGUGCCUGCUCAUUUGAAGAACGAGACUGCUCCCUGUACAGCAAUCUCCUCACAAGCCAAUAUACCAGAGGAUGCAUAUUCCAAUAGCUGUCUAAUGACAACAUCUGAUGAGGGAUUCCACUCCCCAAAUAUCACGAGGCUCACAGACGAGGCAAUAGCUCCACCAUUUGUAUAUACCACUUCUGCAACUCCUAUACUGCAAACACAGGAACAUGGAGUUGGAAUCUGUGAUACUCAGCUGCCACUCACCUUCCAGGAAGGGCGAAGAGCCUCUGACACCUCACUAACUGCAGGUCUGAAACCUUUCCGCCAACAGCUGCGUAAAAGCACCAGGACAAGAGGAUUCUUUGGGCUUAACAAAAUUACUGGGAUUACUCGACAUAUCUGGAGGUCUCCAUUCUGCUUUGGGUCACGGAAUCGAGCAGCUCAGCAGCACCCUCCUGGCAACUUCCACGAGGUUGAGAACAUUUUGCCUGGUCUUGUCCCCAAGAUCACAACAGAAGGCAGCAAUCUACUGGGCCAAGCUUUGCAGCAACAAAAAAUGUUGCAGCUCAGAUGUCUGAACAGUUCCCAGCCUAAACGCUUUGUGGAACCCAACUCUGUGAAGACCCCUGUGUUCCAGAGUGUAAUGGAAAUAGCACAUGAUUUAAAACCUGCACCUCACUUAAUGCCCUCUUCCUUUCUGCCAGACUUCACACAGACAGACUGUGAGGCAGUGUGCACGGCCCAGUCACAGCUCUGCUGUUUACUGGGUGUCAACUUGAUGCAGGCACCCCUCAGCACCAGCCCCACCUUCUCCAAGUUCCUCCAUCAAACUCUGUUCUCAUCACAAAAUCAAAGUGACGGACUGGGAAUAGACUGGGAAAUGGAGGAUCUGACAAGAACACAACUUGACCAAAUUGUGUUGGUGAAUUAACUUUCUCGACUGCAUGAACUCUGAAACUUCUGAAGCAAUAAAAUCUUCAAUCUGUGACAUUUUGAUAAUUAACCGCAAGUGACAAAACCCAAGCAUUGGCAACAAUUCUCCCAUUAUUUUAUUACUUCAAAAACAUUUCUGUGUCUGGAAAACCUGAAUAACCAAAGGAUGGUUUCACUCCACCUCUUCAUCAAUAUUCUAACAUAUUUGGAGGUUUCUUGUGGCACAGUGGUAGUGUCCCUAACUCUGGGCCAGGAGGCCAGGGUUCAAGUCCCACCUGCUCCAGAGGGGUGUGUCUUAAUAUCUCCGAAUAGGUUGAUUUUCAAAAACAUUAUAAGCUGCAAUCGAAGCAUAAGUCACUUUACUUUUGGUGUGAAUUAAUAAUUAGAGUAUCUCUGCAUUGUCAAUUGGUGAAGUGAUUCAAUGACCAGAAUUACCUCAAAUUCAUCAAAGCUAUUUCUGAUGAGUGGAGCCACUUACUCCAAUCAGCUAGGAUUGACUAUGCUGGCGUGACCCUGAAUAUCCCAAUCCACCCAGGAAUCCACUCUUCAGGAAAGGAAGCUGCUACAUAUCUGGAUAUAUUGAUCACCAUCAGUUACAAGAUUCCUGGGAUUUUAAUAUUCUGUUUGCAACAGGGGAAUCCUACUGGCGGCAAUAGGAAAAAAAAACCCUUGUAUUCCUGAAUUGUUUGCUGGCUGUAUACUGGGGUUUGAAUUUCCAAUGAUUGCCCUGGAAUUAUCAAGAAAUAUUUUGGUGUAAAGAAUCCAGAAGAGAUUGAGAUUCUGCUGCUCAUAUGAUUUUUUAAAAUUUAAUAUCUGGGUCCAAAUAGGAAUGAAUCCACUUUAGGGACUGUGCAAUAAUCUGUUCCAGUUAUACUUGCUGUGAGGGAGAAAUGAACAACUUUGAAGGACCUUACUUCAGUAUAAGUACUAAAACAUGAUUAAAAGUUGUAUGUGUUUUAACAGCAUUCCUGAAUUAUUCACUGUAAUUACCAGGAUUUUACUGUGUAUUUAAAAAGUCCUACUUUCUUCCAAGUUCAGAUUAAUUUGAAUCUUUUUCAGUAUUUGGCUACCCUGUAUUUUAGUAACUGA